AUGCAUGUGGCCACGCAGAGAAGGAUGUUCGGGCUGAUGCUGCUAUCGUUCCUGAACGAGAAGCAACGUCGGAAUGAUCAUGCAUACCCGGCCUACUUGCCGACGAGACGCUUCCCUGUUCCGAGAAACUUGCUUGUUCCAGGCUCAAAAAUGAAAGCGCCAGCUUUUUCAGUUGAGCCCUUUUGUCGCGGCGCAGCUGUUUCAUGUUGUGCCGGGACAGAAGCGCCGCUGCAGGACUUGCAGAAGGUUUUGAUGGAGGCAGAGGCAGCAUGUGAUGCGCAGGAAUACGAGUUGUGCUGUCACCUGACUUGCAAAGCCAUGCAGUUGGCAGAUGGUUUGGUCGAAUGGCAGGGCAUUUGCCAUGCGCUUCUGGCAGAAUGCUAUGAAAAGCAAAGAAAGUUCCCAGAAGCAUGUGCAGAGUGCGAGAGAGCCAUCUCAAAGAUUUCAUCCGUGAGGACCCACCUAGGUCGAAUUGUCGCUACUAGGAUCAGGCAUGCACGGAUGAUGGCGGAGCUUGGGGGUGAGCAAGCGGCGGUUCAGGGGCUGAAGAGCCUCCUCCGCGCAGCGCCAAGCAUCGGAGAGGCCAGGGCCCGGUUGGCCCAAAUAUAUUUUGAUUUGGAGGAUGCUGCUUCGGCGGCCAGCUUGCUGGCCGCCCCGGAAGCUCAAUCGCUGGCUAAAGCACCUAAACUCCAUUUCCAGGCCUUGCUUCUGCUCACAGUUUGCUGCGUGUGCCUCGAACAGGAUGAAGCGGCAGAGGUCUGCCUAGGGUCUCUCCAAAACAAGAUUUCGGGACUCGCUGACAUUCAAGGCCUGGAGCGAACGUUGGGGGGCCUUUUCGCGUUUGGCUGGCUUGUCAGCAUUCGCCUGGGCAAGAUGGAAGGUGCAGAGGAGACCUUGUCUGCUCUGGAGGAGGACCCAGACAUGAAACCUUGGGCGUAUGUGGCCUCAAGCUGUCAUCUGGCACGCUCCACGCCUCAAGGGCUGUGUCCAAUCACUGGCGUACAGCAGUCGGCAAAUACUCAGGCUGGGUGCUGA